UAGUGCAUCGUAUGCAAGAAAAGACAACCAAUUAAUAUUUAAGAACAUAUGUUUUACAAAAGGGUGAUACUUUUUGUUUAAUUAUAAUUAUAAUAACGUUAAUCAUACGUUCAUGUCGAAAUGGCAAUAUCAGUUUGUUAUUCCGUGUUAUUACUUUGGAAUAUUAUAACUGCGUAUGGACUUGUGGAUCAGCAAUCAGUCACGUAUCCAGUAAAUGAAAAGGAUUAUGGCAAACAUGUCAGUGGUUCGUUUCCAUUCCUCAUGCCAUCGGUUUCUCCACAAACUCCGGAUUUGUACUUGUGCACUCCCAUCAAAGUUGAUCCAACAACAUCGUACUAUAUUGUUGGCUACAAACCAAACGCAACCAUGAAUACUGCUCAUCAUAUGUUGCUUUAUGGAUGCGGUGAACCAGGAACAACUAAACUUACCUGGAACUGUGGAGAAAUGACGAAAUCAGCAGAUGAGGAUACAGGAAGUCCCUGCGGUGCCCAGUCACAUUCUCAGAUUUUAUAUGCUUGGGCAAGAGAUGCACCAAAAUUGGAUUUACCUUCGGGUGUAGGAUUUAAAGUCGGCAAGAAUUCACCGACAAAAUAUUUGGUCUUACAAGUGCAUUACGCUCAUGUUGGUAAAUUCAAAGACGGAUCUACCGAUGAUUCUGGUAUAUUUUUGCAGUAUACUGAAAAACCACUUACAAAGCUAGCCGGUACCUUACUUUUGGGUACUGAUGGAGUAAUUCCUCCAAUGAAGACAGAACAUAUGGAGGCCGCCUGUGAGAUAACUGAAAAUAAAACGAUUCAUCCCUUUGCUUAUCGCACUCAUACACAUGGGUUAGGAAAAGUUGUUUCUGGAUAUAGGGUUCGAUCCAAUGCUCAUGGAGUUCAAGAGUGGACGCUACUUGGAAAGAGGGAUCCACUUACACCACAAAUGUUUUAUAACGUUGAAAACAACUCACCUAUAGUAGCCGGUGAUUAUGUUGCUGCCAGGUGUACAAUGAAAAGCACUCGUCAACGCACGACAGAAAUUGGCCCAACAAAUGAAGACGAAAUGUGUAAUUUUUACCUAAUGUACUACGUAGACGAAGGAGAACCACUCGAUAUGAAAUAUUGUUUUAGCCAAGGUCCUCCUAAUUACUACUGGGCCAAUCCAGACACCGGAUUACAUAACAUUCCAAACCUAGAAGCAAGUACAUUGUAAAUCUCCAAAAUUUUAGAUAAACAAACAAGUGGAAAUCUAAUUAUUUUGAUUAAUUUUAACGUUGUCUUUUGUUUAUUACGUUGUGGUGUUGAACGUCAUAUUGUAUAACACAAACUCGAAUUAUACUAACUUUUAGAAUUCACUUUUAGCAUUCAUUUAAACAUACAACCUA